CGACUUCCGGCCGGAAGCACUCAGUGUUUCCUAUGUGAGGAGCUGGGGUGCGCCGGGUCCGCGGCGCUACGGCGACGCGCAACUCUGAGCCUCAGCUGGACGUUGAGAGUUGCUGGAGCAGUAGUUUCGGGAACCUGAAUGUUUCGUCACGCCUGGCGGGACUGUUAGAUCAGAGAGGUGGGAGAUUCUGGUUCCCCGGGUAACCGGCUCGGUCUGUAGGUUCCGAUCCUGAAAGACCGGAAAGGCCUUCGGAAACCUUUCUGAGGUCCGAUCAGAUUCUAGCCCUAGACGACAGUGAACUCAGCCUUUCCCUGAUUUUCAUGAAUUGGACAGGAUGCCUCCCUCAUUCUCCUCUGAUCUCCAUUCCUUGUGUGUGUUGAGUCACUCAGAAGAGAAGAAUGCAUGAUGAACUCCUACAAGCAAUAUCGAAGGGGUCAAUGAUGUUCAGGGAUGUGUCCAUAGACUUCUCUCAGGAGGAAUGGGAAUGUCUGGACUCUGGUCAGAUGAAUUUAUACAAAGAAGUGAUGUUGGAGAAUUUCAGCAACCUGGUUUCAGUGGGACUUUCAAAUUCUAAGCCAGCUGUGAUCUCCUUAUUGGAACAAGGAAAAGAGCCAUGGAUGGUUGAGAGAGAGCUGACCAGAGGCCUCUGUUCAGAUCUGGAAUCAAUGUGUGAGACCAAGAUAUUGUCCCUAAAGGAGAGACAUUUCAGACAAGUAAUACUUACUCAUGAAGACAUGCCCACUUUUAUUCAACCUACCUUUCUCACUCUACAUCAAAAAAAUCAUAAUAAUGAAGAGGAACCCUGUGAAUGUAAGAUAUGUGGAAAGACCUUUAACCAGAACUCACAAUUUAUGCAACAUCAGAGAAUCCAUUAUGGUGAAAAACCCUAUGAAUGUAAGGAGUGUGGAAAAUCCUUUAGUCGUGGCUCGCUUGUUACUCGGCAUCAGAGGAUUCACACUGGUGAAAAACCCUAUGAAUGUAAGGAAUGCGGCAAGGCUUUUAGUUGUAGUUCAUAUUUUUCUCAACAUCAGAGGAUUCACACUGGUGAGAAACCCUAUGAAUGUAAAGAAUGUGGAAAAGCCUUUAAUUAUUGCUCAAACCUUAAUGAUCAUCAAAGAAUUCACACUGGUGAGAAACCCUAUGAAUGUAAAGUAUGUGGAAAAGCCUUUACUAAAAGUUCACAACUUUUUCCACAUCUGAGAAUUCAUACCGGUGAGAAACCUUAUGAAUGUAAGGAAUGUGGGAAAGCCUUUACUCAGCACUCAAGGCUUAUUCAGCAUCAGAGAAUGCACACUGGUGAGAAACCUUAUGAAUGUAAGGAAUGUGGAAAGGCCUUUAGUAGUGCCUCAACACUUACUAACCAUCACAGAAUUCAUGCUGGCAAGAAACUCUAUGAAUGUAAAGAAUGUGGAAAGGCCUUUAUUCAGAGCUCAGAACUUAUUCAACAUCAGAGAAUCCAUACAGAUGAAAAACCAUAUGAAUGUAAUGAAUGUGGGAAGGCCUUUAAUAAAGGCUCAAACCUUACUAGACAUCAGAGAAUUCACACUGGUGAGAAGCCAUUUGACUGUAAGGAAUGUGGAAAGGCAUUUGGUAGUCGCUCAGACCUCAUUCGCCAUGAGGGAAUUCAUACUGGUUGAAUGGAAGAAAGUAAGGUCCUUUUGUUUACCUUUAUAAUAUUUUUUAAAACAGAUAAGUCAGGAUGUGCAUGAUCAAAGGUUCUCCUGUGUACUAGUUUUUUAGGGCUACUGUAACAAAGUACCAAAUACCAAUUACUUGGUAGCAUAAAACAAAUUUAUUGUCUCACAGUUUUGGA